UGUUAAAACCUCUUGUUCAUACUUUGUUCUCACACUUUCCAAAGCAUAAGGACACACUCAAAGAGAACCAAACACAGAAGAAAAAGCAGGAACAAACAAGGAGCUUCUCUGUCAAGCUUCCAGCUACUUUCUACAUCAGCAAGUCAGAAACAAAGGAGAAAAGAAACUAAAAUCUAUUUUGCUCAGUUUAGGUACUAGUUUGGUUCAGUUCGGUUCAGUUAGCGAUGAACAACACCAUUCCUGAUUGGAAUUUUGGGAUUGAUAGUUUUGUCACCAAUCAAAAGAAGCAACCUAUGGGACUGGACCAUGAACUUGUGGAGCUUCUAUGGCAGAAUGGUCAAGUAGUAUUGAAUAGCCAAACAAAUAAGAAACAACUUGUGAAUAACUCAAGACAAGUUCAUAAGAAUCUUCAAUCAACAACUUUAAGCAACUUGAUUCAAGAUGAUGAAACUGUUUCAUGGAUCCAACAAUACCCUAUUGAGGAUCCACUUGAACAAGAAUUAUGUUCAAAUCUUUUAUCUGAACUUCCACCUUGUAAUGUCGAGUCUUUCAAUUCGCAACCGACGAAUACAAAACCGCCUUUUGUUCAGGAAUUUCCUAUGUCGGCUCCGAGGUUUCAUCACCUUGUUCCCGAUUCAUCGCAAAGAAACAAUGAUUUGUGUGGAUCCAGCAAGGUUGUAAACUUUUCUCACUUUUCAAGACAUCCCAAUGUUACUUUAGCAUCUACUAACGGCGAUGCAAAUUUAAGAGACAAAAUUACGGGUAAUCUGUCACAAUGUGAUGUUAGAGAGUGUUCGACGAUGACAGUCGGUUCAAGUUAUUGCGGAAGCAACCAAGUCCAACAAGAUCCAGAUGUAAGCAGAGUUUCAAGCAAUGGUGUUUGGACUAAUUUAUCGACCGAGCCUGAACAAGUCAGAAAUGAUGUUCAGAAGACAAUUCCUCGGCAUGAGAAUGGGAAAUCGGAGAAGUUGGAACCUGCUUUUACUUCAUCUUCUGGUGGUUCGGGAAGUAGUCUUGGAAAAACUUGUUCUUUAUCUACAAGAAGUCAUGACAAAAAGAGGAAAGUGAUGGAUGUUGAAGAUUCAGUCGAACAAAGCGAGGAUACAGAACUUAAAUCAGGCGUGAGGAAAAAGACGUCUCAGCGAUCAGGGUCGGCUCGUAGGAACCGCGCUGCUGAAGUGCAUAAUCUUUCAGAAAGGAGGCGAAGAGAUAGGAUUAAUGAGAAGAUGAAAGCAUUGCAACAACUCAUACCUCACAGUAGUAAGACGGACAAAGCAUCAAUGUUAGAAGAGGCAAUUGAAUACUUGAAAUCACUUCAGUUACAACUUCAGGUAAUGUGGAUGGGAUCUGGCAUGACACCAAUGAUGCUACCGGGAUAUCAGCACUAUAUGUCACAAAUGGGUAUGGGAAUGACUACGCCUUCGUUUCCUCCACUUCAAAAUCCAAUGCAAUUACCGAGAAUGCCUCUGGAUCUGUCCGUUUCUUCGUCACAGACGCCAAAUCAGACAUUAACGUGCCAAAAUCCUGUUUUAGGUGCCUUCAACUACCAAAAUCAGAUGCAAAAUCCUGCUCUUUCGGAGCAAUAUGCUCGUUACAUGGGCUAUCAUCUUAUGCAAAAUGCUUCUCAGCCAAUGAAUAUGUACAGAUAUGGUCCCCAAGCUGUACAAAAUAGUCAAACAAUGAUUCCACCAAGCAAUAGCAGUGGACCAAUGAGUGGAACAGCAAACAUUAAUGAUGCUGUGAGUGGCAAAAUGGGUUAAUUAGUUUAGAGGAAUUCCUAGAAGAACCAGCAACAAAAAUAUGUCUGCCAGCUCAACUAUAAAUAUAUGUAUGUAGAUAAUAUAGUUCACUUGAUUUAUAUACAAGUGACUUAUUUUUUGGAUCUGUUGAAAAUCUCAGAUUAAAUGAGAUAUGAUUUAAAAAUAUGUUUAUAAAUAGAGGCAAUUAGGUCCGACCUAAAUUUUAAGUUGAUCUAUUGGUUGUGGUU